AUGGCGUCUGUCGACUCUGUGCCAGUCGAGCCUGUGGAAGCCCAGGACUCUGGUCCUAAAAGGCUUCCCUUCCCUCCAGUCACUCGGAGUCACAUAUUGCACUGCUCAUACCAUUAUUGGCAUCCACUUUAUCGAGCUAUUACUCCAAAAGCCCGUCUCAUUCCACUCUCUGAUGCCUUCCUUUCUUAUCUUCGCGCCGACGGAAUCGUCCUCCCUCCUGAGAAUCCAAGCCGCGCUGCAAUGAUGGGCGAGGAUAGCGGCAUAGAAACCACCGAUUCCGAAGAAGACGACGAAGAAGAAGAUCCAUCAGUCGAAUGGCGGGAUAUACAUACACAGGUUGAAGAGACCAUCCGCGAGCUUGACGGCAAAGUCACGCCAAAACUUAACUGGAGUUCGCCCAAAGAUGCGACCUGGAUUGCGGUUACAAACGAUCUCCAGUGUCAGACACCAAAUGAUAUCUACAUGUUGCUUAAGAGUAGUGACUUCAUCACACAUGAUUUGGAGCAUGCCUUUGACGAUACAGACCCAGAACCAGAGGGCUCGAAUGAGAAUCUCGACACGAACAACAUCCCAUACCAUCUUGUCCUUCGCAAAUACUUCAACCUCAAUCCAUCUCUAGAAUUCCGCUGCUUUGUGCGCAACCGAACUUUGCUGUGCAUGUGCCAGCGUGACUUGAAUCAUUUCGACUUCUUGUUUCCCAUGCGUGACAUGCUCGUGUCGCGCAUUCAGUCCUUCUUCGACGAAAAGCUUAGAGACACUUUUCCAGAUGCAAACUUUGUGUUCGACGUCUACGUGCCACCACCUCAUGAGCGGGUUUGGCUUAUAGAUAUCAACCCGUGGGCUAUCAGAACAGAUCCACUCCUAUUCAGUUGGUUGGAAAUCCUGACCAUGAAGGAUUUAGCUCCACUUGAAGACGAAGUUGUGCGUCUAUCCAUCAAGGACGAUGGCCCGUCUGCGACGGCAGACUCUGAGGUCGAAGUAGAUGACUCGGAGGAAGAGAUCGAGGAUCUUUCAUUCAUUCCAGAACUUCGAUUGGUGGAACGUGAUGAUCCAGAAGCAUAUGGAUUUACUUCGCCACAGUACUCUGCUCACAAAUUGCCUCGAGAGGUCGUGGACGCUUCUCAGGCUGGGACUGGCGGUAUGGCAUCUUUUAUGCAGCAGUGGAAGGACCUACUCGCUCAACAGACGCAACAGCAGCAAGCGGACUCCAGUGAUGAUGAGUAA